GUUCCGCUGUGACGUCAAUGUCGAUCUUUAGAGCGGGACUGCAGAGUAGAAACAAACGCCUUUAGCUAAUUUCAACAUAAACAGACUCGACAAAUGAACGUUAGUUCUGAAGUAUGGCCCAUCACAUCGAAGCGGAUCUACCAGCAAGUCUUGCAUGUUUGAAAAAUGUGGACUCCUUGCUUCGUUGUCCUAUUUGCUUUGACUAUGUCAACAUCUCCAUGAUGACCAAAUGUUCACACAACUUCUGCUCUCUGUGCAUCCGCAAAUUCCUUUCCUAUAAGCUGCAAUGUCCAGUCUGCAACACACCGAUGACGGAACAAGACCUAAGGAACAACCGCAUACUGGAUGAGCUGACUGUGAACUUUCAAGUUGCAAGGCAACAGCUAAUAAAAGCUAAUUUUGACUCGCCUCCAAUAUCACCAAAGACACCAGCAUCAGUGGCGAAGUGUCAGACUCCCAGAGAGAAAGGCCAGAAACCCACCAGCUCCAUUCUAAGCCACUUUUUCCAGAAGAAGGUUAAAUCGCCGUCCGGCAGAGAAGCCCAUCAAGAUAUUCAGUCAAGGGAAUUACAGACUGCACAACCUGGCAAUUCAGGGAACGUUCAAACAGGACAACUUCGGACAUCAGUGGUUAUAAAGGAAGAACCAAUGGAUGUGGAAGACUCCUCCACUCUGACCUUCGGUGCAGUGAAACACGAGGACAUGGCUUCAUACAGCUCUAGGUUUCACAUGACAAAUCCCUCACCAUCAAAAGAUGUUAAGCCUGUAAUCAAAGUGGAAUGUCCAGUUUGUUCUGUAAGUGUGUCACAACACUUUAUCAACAAGCAUCUGGACUCCUGUCUUACCCGAGGAGAGAAGAAGGAGAGCCUGCGGAGCUCUCUUGGCAAAGCCAGGCGUCCAAUGGCGAAGCUGGUGUACAACCUACUUUCAAUGCAGGAGCUGAGGAGGAGGCUGAAGGAGUGCCAACUGUCAGUGCAGGGUUCUCGGGACCAGCUAGUCAGGAGGCACCAGGAUUUUAUCCAUCUGUUCAAUGCAGAGUGUGACUCCCUCAAUCCAAAAUCAGUUGAAGAGAUUGCAAAAGAAGUGGAGGCCAACGAGAAGAUGAGAAGUCAACUUCAAGGGAAAAUCAAACCUGUCAUGGUUUUCUCCAAGAAUCAUUCUGAGGAGGAGAUUGAGGCGAUGCAUUCAAACUAUAGGAAGCAGCACAGCAGCGACUUCUCCAGGCUAAUUGCUCAGGUCCGAGGUCGCCUGGGGUCCAGCAGACAGCGUGGUGAUGCUCCCGGAGGGUCGGAGAGGAGAGAAGCUGUUCAGGAAUCCCACUCUUCAGCUGAAGCAGCAGAACCCAAAAAUGGCGUGGUGGUGAAGGUGGAGGCUGAGGAAGUGGGUGAGAACACAUCUGCUGCGGGCUUUGAGCUGCCAUCCAGCCCCACUUUAAGCGAUGUGUCCAUCAGCAGUUCCAUUUCAGAUAUUUUUGGUCCAGAAUCUCCCAGAAAGUUUGAAGACACGGAGAAGAGCCCGGUCCAAAAGAGGCGGUCCAGCUCCAGAGGAGACGACGGGACGCCCCUGACGGGAAAACGAAGACGCAAGACUUAAAAUCGAGAUGAGAUCUGACGUUCUUCAACAGUUGUGUUUUGACAGACAGACAUGCACAUUCUUUCUGAAAUGUCUUUUGAUUAUUUUCAGGAAUUGUAUUGUUUAUAUAUUUUUUGGAAAUAAAUUUGGGAUAAUUUUAA